GGCUGAAAAGCAAAGAUGGCGGAUAAACACAUCGCUCUCGCGACCGGUAAAAAACUGUAUUAUCAGUAAUGGUGAUAAAAUGUACCCUUUCUUUACUUCGAAGUUGUGCAGUUCCUAUUUGCCAAGAUAUAGUUUCUCUGGAUUACCAAGAAUUACAGUACUUGCAAGGUAUUUGUUCCGAUACAUAUACUGUACUUUCAGCUGACCUUGCUGCAUCCUGAUUUCACUCAAUGUGGAGCAUGUUUAUAAUAUUUAGCCUUUGCUCUUAUUAUUUUUAGCCUGAAAAAAGGCUAUUAUAAAUGACUUAAUUUGACUGUAUCGAAUAUAGCUAGCGUGUAUAAACCACCUACCUUUCAAGCUUGUUGAGUAUAAUGUAUAAAGUAGAAGUAGAAGGAGACAGAGGAGGGAGGGGUUGGGUGGUGGCUAGUUCCUUGAAUUGUCGUAUUUGUAAUAUGGUUGAUUUGUUCCAUUUCUCAUUUUAGGAGAUGGUAUAUGGCUUGUUAUGUAAAUGUGAAUCUUAAAUUUAAAUAAUAAGCUCACAGUGUCGCCAUGUCUUUAAAGUAAGGGCAUGGAUGCAUGAAUAAAUCAGAGAGCAAAAAAGUAAUAGCAGUAUUGGCAAUUCUCGCACUGUUAUCAGUAGUAGUAGUAAUAGUGGCAUAAAUUAAAAUGAUCAUCUUUAUAAAUAGCUACAAAACUUUGAACACUGAUUUCGUUUACUGCAAGCAAACUCUGCAGUAACUUGCCUAUGAAGUUUAGAACUUCUAGUUUAAUUAUAGUUUUUUAAACAUGUUUGACAUGAGGCAUUUUACAUACAUACAUACAAUAAUAGAAAAUAUACAAUAAUAAAAUUUCAUUGGAGCAAAAACAAUUACAUGUGUUAGGAAUAUCUAGAAUUGUUUACAUGAGUUAAACAGUGAAAGGUUUGAACCCAGGAGUCAUUUCAUCAGUAGGCUGAGUAUGAUCAUCUGGGUGAACAUAGUCCUCAGCAGGACUGUUGUUGUUGACAGUGACUGACAUUUCGACAACAUUUCUUAAGUACUGAGAGAAGGAGGUCGACAGACAACAUGAGCAAAACUGGACCGAGAAUGGAUCCCUGGCCCACACUCACUGUUAGUGGGAGGGGCUCAGAUGGGACACUGCCAAUCCUGACAACUUGCUUGCAUGAUGAUAGGUAACUCUUAAACCAGGCUAAAGUAGAGUCCCACACAGCCAGUGAGUGCAGCUUUGAUAAUAAGUUGUCAUGCUGGAUGCUGUCGAAAGCUUUAGAUGUGUCGAGCAGCACAACAAGUGAUAUACGCUUUUUGUCCUCAUUCUUAAGGAGCUGGUCCAUGUAGAGCAAAGGGGGGUUUCAGUGGAAUGUAACUUUCUAUUUCCACGCUAUAAGCUGGAUAUCUUUCUAUUUUUAUCUAGUAAGACUAAUACACUGCAUGUGAGCAGCCCUCUCGUAUACCUUUGAUGUAGGGCAAUACAGGGGGAGGGGGGGGGGGGUAUAGGGCAAGUGUUUUUGGGCUCAUCAGAAUCGCUGGACUUGAGGUUUGGGGUGACCUCUGCAGACUUUGAUGCCUGUGCAAAGCAAUUCAAUGUGAACAAAGGAUUAAUUAGAUUAGUAAUGACUGUCUUUAAGCACUCUAGCAGAUACUCUAUCAUACCAUGGCACUUUGUUCGAUGGAAUCAUGCUUGGCAAUCUUUUCAAUGUCCUGUUCUGUCACAGCGUGAAACUCAAAUUUAUUCACAUUGUGGAGAUCGUCUGUGAUUGGCUCCACUUGCCUGACUGACUCUUCUGAGAAGCCAUACUGUUCGCAUAGAGCCCUGGCUCUAGCAGCUGCAGCUUCCCCUACCGAGAUGUAGAAAUCAUUAAAACUGUUUGCUUGGACCACAGGAUCUUCUACAGCAGUCAGCGAUGGCUCUCUGUUGGGAAGGCAACGAUUUAUAAUUUUCCAGAUGGAGUUUGUGUUUCCCUUGCACUUAAAUAGUUCAGAGCAAACAUAUUCCUUUUCGGCGAAUCUUAUCUCCCGCUUAACUUCCGGUCUAAAAAAUCGAAAAGCGUUCCAGUGGAGUUUGUCGUUUGAUUUAUGGGCCUAUUUAUGCUAGCUGUCAUGGGUUUUCAUCAAUUAUUGUUUGAUCUCAGGUGUGAUAAAUGGAUGCGGCCAUUACUAGAUCUGUAUGCGUUUAAUUUGUGCAUGUUCACUCAGCGUGUCGAGGAAUAACUUAUUGAUUACAUCAACUUGAUCAUCAAAAUUGUUGAAAAUGUUAACAAAUUAUGUAAAAAGGGAGACACUCCAAAUUGCUCAGUAAUGACUCAGGAUUGUGGUUUUUGUAGCUUCUGGUGAAAAUAUAAGAAGGCCAAGGCUUUGGAGCUUUGAGAUUUAAUCUGACUGCCACCAAGCAAUGAUUGGCAACUGCCGAGAUAUUUACAUUGUAGUCAGCAAUAAAGCUCUUGUUUGUUGUAAGCACCACCUCAGUUAGAGUCAUAAGAUGUAUCAUUGGUCCUUGUUGGGCUUGUAACAAUCUGCAAGAGAUUUAAUGAAUUACAGAGAUCCAUCAAAGCUCAGCCCUCAGGACAAGAAGAGCCCGGCAAAAUGCCUGCAUUCAGAUACCAGUUAUUAAAACUUUCAUCCCUAGAAGAAGUGAGUCCAUAAAGGAGGCAGUGAAGUCAUCCAGGAAUCUAGACAUGGACACUGAGUCUGGCCUGUAAGCAGCAUGUAGCAAAAAAGAUUUCAAUUUCCUGCACUGGACUUUAAGCCAAAAUUGUUGGGAAUUAGUGUCUCUAGUUGUAGACAAAUUAUCGAUGAUCGAUGCUUCAAAUGAGUUUCUGAUCUAAAAACGAUUCCACCCCAGAUUUAUGUAGGCCUCUAUCCUGUCUGAAAAUUACAUAGCCUGGAAUCUGGGUGUUGUUAUUAGUCAAGGAAGGGUCGAUCCACGAUUCAGAGAUGACAAAUAUAUCAUAAUUAUCAUGAACAGUUGUUUGCUUGAACAGGUAGAACUUUUCACGUGAAGCCUUUGAGAUGAGUGAUAGUAACGUUGAUGACCCCAGGUGCCAGAAGAGUCUUUCUUUCACUUGUUUGCUUUUGACAUACUUGAGAAAGUCCCUGCAUGAAUGGAGUAAGAUCUUUGAUGAGCAUGUGCUGAGGGUUGCUAGGGUCCCAGAGCACACUUUCUAACCCAGGCCUAACAGCUGUGCACUUGGUACAGCAGACUCAGUUAUGACCAUCAGGUUUAUUAGUAAAUGGACGCUCACACUCAAAAAACCAGGAGUCUGGGCUGACGUACUGCAGGGGAAUUGCAAGGUUUUCUCUUCAGUCAAGAAAAAGACAAAGGAGGCCCUGCUCAUGAACAUGCUGGUCAUUUUCUUUCUUUUCAUGAAAAGCAUAUGCAGCUACCAUCAUUUCAAAAUUGUGGUUUUUAGUCUUUUUAGUUUAUAUAUAUUGUUAGCCUUAGGUACCUAUCCUUAUCUAUGUUUAUAGUUUUAUUGUAUGUUUUACAUUAUGUUAUAUCAAUUUAAUAAUUGAUUAUAUUCUUUGAGCAUGUUUUUUGUUUAUAUAAAUUUAGUGUUUUUAACUAUUGUGUGUCACCCUCUUUCAAUAAAGCUUGAUUGAUUGAUGUUGUUAUUACAUAUCAUAUCUUUAGGGGCUUCAGACCUCUUAUUCCCAGAGAAGAACGCAACAUUCAGCUUUUUGCAAAGAAGAAUGUAGAUGACCUAUUAACACGUUGGAGAUCACUGCACAUUUUGAAGAUCACAGAGAAGAAACCAAAUAAUUCAGUUGCUGGUCACUGGUCCUUUUUAAAGUAUGCAGGGUUUUUUGCUGUUGGUGGACUUGUUGUUAAGUCCAAGAUUUCUCAUGCCAACUGUAGCUUAAAACUGAGCCAUAAAUCAGCAUCACAUCACAAUGAUAACAAACAAGAAAAUGAAAAUAAGCAACCAAAGUUCAAAUUCAGAGAAUUUUGGAAAUUCCUUUGGCCUGAUAUUUGGCUUCUUCUCUUAGCAAGUUUGAGUGCCUUUGCUGUUGCCAUGGUAAACAUUGAACUACCAAUGAUGCUUGGAAACUUAGUCAAUGCUGUAUCAAGUUUGUCAAGUGGUCGUCAUGCAAAUGACUUUUUUCAGGUGUUAAAAGAGCCUGCCUUGAAACUAAUCUCAAUUUAUGGAGCUCAGGCAAUCCUUACAUUUGCUUACAUUUCAUUUUUGUCUUGUCUUGGUGAGAGGUUAGCAGAAAGAAUGCGAAAUGCUCUGUUUGCAUCACUUGUACGUCAAGACAUUGCUUUCUUUGAUAGUCAUAAAACUGGAGAACUUGUUAACAGGUAAGUUAAAAUUGCUUUUAUUUUUGGAAGUCAGGAGGAGGAAACAUAUGCAAAAUGAAUAAUUGUGGAAAGCUGAAGAUAAAUAUUGGAUUCCGAAUUAUUUUGGCCACUAGAGAGGAAAAGAGGGGGUCAAAAUUGAUACAUGCAUCGAUGCAUUUGAUAAUACUUCUCUAUAUACUCUAAUUCCAUAAAGCAAUUUAAGUGCAGUCAUUAGCUAAGUAUUAUUUUAAAAAAAGCUGUGAGUUUGCAAAACUGAUUUCUGCAGCUUUCUUCCUUCAGGUUAACAUCUGAUGUCCAGGAUUUUAAGAGUGCAUUUAAGCAGGUUAUUUCUCAAGGCCUUCGCAGCACAACACAAACUAUUGGAUGUGUUGUUUCACUGUAUUUGAUUUCACCCAAACUGACUGCCAUGAUGGUGAUUGUUCUACCAGUUGUAAUUAUCAGUGGAACUUUGUUUGGCUCACUUUUAAGAAGGCUCUCUAGGGCAGCUCAAGCACAGGUUGCCAAGGCAACAGCUGUAGCUGAUGAGGCACUUGGUAAUGUGCGAACAGUUCGAGCUUUUGCCAUGGAGGACAAGGAGACAAAGUAAGGAGAUCAAAACUGUUUAAUAGUAUUACAUUUUAGAAUAUCUUUCUCAUUCUUUAUCAUUAAUUGUAUAUGUACAUGUAAACAUGUACAUAUAUACAUGCAAACAUACCUGUAUGCUU